AUGAUUGAGGAGGCUGCGGCCCACGGCCCUGUUGCCUCUGGACUUGGUCAGGACCUGCUGUGCCCAGGCUCCACGCUGGGCAUCGGGCACGCGGAAGGGAACUGGUGGAGGCCCCAGACCUGGGGCCACACCAUGCGAGCCUGUGAUGGAGUUUCUUCAUCUGUAAAAUGGGGGAGGGAACAACGCUUCUAUCACGACUGCCAGAGAUCAGGCGAAGAGCUGGUCCCACUCACCCCGGGCCCCAUCACCCAGAAAUCUGGACCUGUGAUCCGGACCGAGGGCAGGCGUGUGGGGACGAGCCAAGGCGUCCACAGCGUGCCUGCGCUUUCGGGGCACACCUGCUGCUUCGAGACGGAGGGCAGCUGGAGCCUGUCCUUCGCGGGUGCGGGUUUCCCGGGUCUCUACCACGUGGGCGUGACCCGCGGCGCCAGCCGCUUCUACGGCUCCUCGUCCGGGGCGCUCGACGCCGCCAGCAUCGCCUGCGGCAAGUCGGUCGACUUCUGCUGCUCCCACCUCCUCAUGCCCACUGAGAGCAUCGGGCAGCUCCUGCAAGAAAAACUGCCCGCCCACAUUCACAUCCUGGCCUCCCAGCGGCUGGGCAUCUCGCUGACCCGAUGGCCCGAUGCAGACUUCAUCGUCGCUGAGUUCGCCACCCGCAAUGAGGUCAUCCAGGCCUUGGUCUGCACCUUAUACUUCCCUUUCUACUGUGGGAUGAUUCCCCCCGAGUUCAGAGGGGAGCGCUACGUCGACGGCGCUCUGAGCAACAACUUGCCUUUUGUGGACUCCCCCUCCACCAUCACCGUGUCGCCCUUCCACGGGACAGUGGACAUCUGCCCCCAGAGCAGCUUGGCCAGCAUGCAUGAGUUGAACGCCUUCAAUGCCACCUUCCAGAUCUGCACCAAGAACUUCUUCCUGGGGGUCACCUCCCUCAUACCCUCCAGCCCCGAGGUAGUGGCCGACAACUGCAGACAAGGCUACCUGGAUGCCCUGAGGUUCCUGGAGGGACGCGGACUCACCAAGGAGCCAGUGCUGUGGACGUUGGUAUCUAAGGAGCCCCCAGCCCCAACUGAUGGGACCCAGGAUGCUGACAGUGACAGAGGCCAGAAGGCAGGCCUGUCUCUCAAGUGGGCAGUGCCCAAUGUGCUGGUCAGGGAUGUGCCCGACUUUGAGCAACUCUCCCGGGAGCGGGAGGCAGCGCUGAAGAAAGCUUGUCUGAGGGACCCCCGCACCUGGGCUUCCUUCUGCCAGGCGGGGCUGGGGUGGGCGCUGACGUACCUGCUGCUGCCUUGCACGCUGCCCUUUGAGCAUGUCUACUUCCAGAGCAGAAGGGCGGUGGCGUGGCCGCCCGACAUGCCGGCCGACCUGCGGUGGAUGCGGGGCUUGCUGAGGAACUUGGUCCUCAGAGUCUAUUCCAGGACAAAGGACCAGUUCCUCGGGCCGGCCAGCCUACUGGUCACCAGCCCCCUCCAGCCCGAGGCUGCUCCUCCCACGGACCUGGCCAGGGAGCCCAGCCCUGCCCGUCAGGCCUGA